AUGCACACCGUCCCUAUCACUCCUGGGGCACUGGACCGGCACCCGCACGUGGAAGAUGAAGAAUGUAGAGAGCAGGAUGCGCUGGGUGAUGACGAUGACUUCCUCGGCGAGUCUGCCGGAGGGUUCUCCCCUUACCUCGGCCGACUUGCAUUGAUCGCCUGUCUCAGCGGGUUACAAUUCGGCAUGGAUACUGGGGUCGCAUCAGGAAUGCUCGUCGCAAUUCGUGGUGAUCUUGGUCACACCCUCAGCUCCGGAGAGCAAGAGCUGAUCGUAAGUGCCACGACUAUUGGUGCCAUCGUCGGUAGCAUCGGUGCAAGUAGUCUUUCUGACUGGCUUGGGAGGAAAAGCGUCAUGAUCACAGCAGCUGUGUGCUUCUUGCUGGGAAGUCUCGAGCAAGGGGCCAGUCAGGUGGUCCGGGAGCUCGUCCUGGGCCGACUCAUACAAGGUCUCGCGGUAGGCAUGGCCAGCAUGGUCACGCCGACGUAUCUCGCAGAAGUCGCCCCUACCUCAAUUCGAGGCCGUCUCGUGGGACUCAACUCGCUGCUGAUCACUGGUGGCCAAGUGCUAGCGUACGCUUUGGAUGCGAUAUUCUACAACGCGCCUCACGGAUGGCGCUGGAUGGUCCUCUCAGGCGCGGUCCCAGCCAUCGUCCAGUUACUCGGCCUCUUUGCACUCGAUGAGUCGCCACGCUGGCUCGUCUCCAAGGGGCGCAUUUCUGGCGCGCGCAAGGUCCUGCAGAAGAUCUACCCUGAAGCGAGCUUUGCGCAGGUUGACGAGCAGAUCAAGCGUAUCCAGCGCAGUUUUUCAUCCGACACAGCGUAUGAGGCGAUGGCUGCCCGAGCCGCAGCGCGAAUAGACGCAGAGGUAGCAGCGGUUGCCCCCUCACCUACAACAAGCGUCGUACGACAAGUUAUCAGCAGCCGCCUGCAAUUGCCUGCCGCCCGCUUGCCCAACGUUUCUGGUGCAGCCGAGAAGGCCAAAGGAAAAUUUGAGCUCCUGCUUAAAGACAAAGCCAACCGCAAAGCGUUGAUCCUAGCUUGUGGCCUUCAAUUCUUCCAACAAGCUUGUGGCUUCAACUCGCUCAUGUAUUUCUCCGGCCGACUCCUGCUCAUGGCUGGCUUCUCCAAGAAUCCAAACGCAACGGCGAUCGGGAUCGCAGUGGCAAAUAUGGUCGGCACGAUUGGAGCCAUGCGCCUGGUCGAUAGUCUUGGACGGCGGAAGCUCUUGCUGUGGACGACGGCUGCGGCAGCGGUCUCGCUCAUGCUGCUUGCUGGCAGCUUCAGUCUGAUCCGCAUGGAGGACGUCACUGACGGGUUUCAGCCCACAGCUGGUGCUGGUAGCGGCGCCUCUGGUGACCCCGAGGGCGUCCAAGGUUGGGCGUACGUCAGCCUUGCUGCUAUGGUCUUAUUUACCCUUUUCUACGCUCUCGGUCUCGGCAUCGUCCCGUGGCUCGUCCAAUCUGAGGUCUUCAGCUCUCCGGUCCGAUCGCUCGGUGGAGGCUGUGCAACAGCAGUCAACUGGAUCGCAAACCUGCUCAUCUCAGCAACGUACCUCGACAUUGUCCGACUGAUCACCGCCGCGGGGUCCUUCUGGCUGUUCUCUGCCAUUGCAGUCCUCGCGUGGAUCUUCACUUACUUCCGCCUUCCGGAACUUUCUGGCGUGUCGAUCAACGAUGUGUCGGAAGCUUUUGGGGAGCGCGAAGAACGAAGUCGGGGCGCGUACAUAGCUGUGCACACCGAAGUGGAUACAGACGAUGCGUGA